GUGAACCCUUCCCCCCCUCAAUCUAUCCAAGGAGACCCCUUUUGUUCACAUGUCCCCCUCCAUGGAUUAAUUUGCUCCUCCGUGUUUCGGUUCUAGCGGGCUUCUUAGCUCCACCACUCUCCCUCCUCCGACCUAGACCGUGCGCUACUGUCUCCUUCUCCAAUUGUCCUCUCGUUGCCCCCUGUAUCUUCUCGGAUCUUCGCCCUUCUCUCUUUUAGAGACGUUGCGCAGCUCCUUCAGCGCUGGCGAAAGGCCAGAUUGAGGAUUUGGCUGGUGAUCUAUUCACCCACCCGACGUCAUGGGUCGCUCGCGUGUCCUUUCGUUUAUGUCAACCUGGGGAGGAUCCAAGAACAAUGACUCCGGAAAGGAGAGUAAGCGAUCCUCGCGCAACAUUACUCCCGCCGAAACACCUCCGAGGUGGCAGACGCCUUCGCCUGAUACCCCAUCUCCGCCGUCGGAACUGUCGCCUGUCGGUGGCUCCAACCCUCGCGGCGAGGGAAUUAGUUCGCGCCCGGCGUCGAUGAUCUUCUCGCGCAACCCGCCGCUCAUGACCCAUGAGCAUGAUACUCCACCGGAGCUCUCGCCGAUCUUCUCCUUUCUGAAUAUCCACACCAACAAGGUCUAUCAUGAAGGGUAUUUCUUGAAACUGAAUGAUCAGGAUUCUCAUGGACGACCUUGCGGCGAUCGACAGUGGGUAGAAUGCUACGCCCAGCUUGUCGGCACCGUCCUUUCCCUCUGGGAGGCUGCUGCGCUGGACGCAGCAGGCGGAGAAGAAGUUCCCGCGACUUAUAUCAAUCUGGCGGAUGCGUCGAUUAAGAUGAUCGAAACGCUACCCAUUAGAAACGGAGCCGUGCAACCAUUGAAGAACGUCCUCAGUCUAUCCUCCGCGGGGAAGAACCGAUAUUUGCUGCAUUUUAGCUCCUUCCACUCGAUGACCCAAUGGACUGCAGCCAUUCGUCUUGCCAUGUACGAACAUACUUCUCUCUAUGAAGCGUAUACUGGCUCCCUCAUUGCCGCUAAAGGUAAAACUCUCAAUGGAAUCCAGUCCAUUCUGGCACCCACCAAGUUCAAGCAUGAGGAUUGGGCGCGAGUGCGAUUCGGCGCUGGCACGCCCUGGAGGCGAUGCUGGUAUGUCAUUAACCCACCAGAUGAGAAGGAGCUCCAGAAGGCCCGGAAGUUGAUGAAGAGGUCUGCAUACGAUCGCUUAACGAUGCCGGUCACCGGCAGUAUCAAGUUCUACGAGACGAAAAAGACGAAAAAGGUGCAGCCAAUUGCGACAGUGACGCAUGUUUACUCGGCAUAUGCGAUCUACCCGCAGUCCAAAGCGCUCAUUGAUCAAUCUACGUUGGUGAAGUUGGAAGGUCGGAUCACCCUGCAUUCAGGGCCUCAGACGUCGGCGGAAGGCUUUGUCUUUGUCAUGCCCGAGCUGCACGCUGCGGUCUCCGGCUUCGAGAUGAUGCUUCGUUUCCUAUUCCCAACUUUCGAUACCUUCAACCUCUACGGCCGUCCGACUCGCCUGGUGGCCGACGUGAACCAUAUCAAGAGUAUCAUGUUCGCCUUCCCUAAGCAGCGCCGCUACGGAUACUUGGAAGUCUUGGAUAUCACCAAUCUUCUCCAGAUUCCCGGAAGCCAGGAGUGGAGCGAAGCCGAGUGGAGGAAACAAUUGAAGGAUGCCACGCAGAAGCGGAUGAGCACUGGCCGAAGUCGGACCAAUAGUGUGAACAGCAGUCGACCUCGCUAUCGUGCUAGCAUCUCUAGUCGCCCGGGUGAAAGCUCGUUGAAUGGAUCCCGUCAACACCUUCCUGCUCCAGACUCUAAACCCGAAUUCAAUCAUUCUGCAGAGGCGAUUAUUCACGAAGUUCCUCGGAACGAUCCUGUGGGCUAUCAUUCUAGGGGAAUGUCGGAUACCACAGGUCUGCAGACAGGGCCCAGACAUGGCUACGGCUCGUUGAUUGAAAGCUCCCCUGAUUCAUCAGCCCAGGAUCUGGUGCAGCGUGACCGGGCGCAAGCUUUGGCUGGCCCUAUCGCUGAACGGAUCAGCUCUGAGAGUGAUCGCAAUUCGGGACUGCUUGAACGUCCAUUCGAACUUGAAGAACAGCUUCCUCCCCGCACGCCGCCGUCCCCCGUCACCAAGCCGCCGACUUUCGCACAUGGGCCACGAGAAAUGCCUACCAACCGCCCGAAAACAAGCAAUGAGCAGAGACUGGCUAAUAACCGUAUGUCUCAUACGACUCUAAUGCAAUUCCAUCAGGUUGGGAAAACGGGUAUGGAAAUGGACGGUGCUGCACUCGCAUACCAGGAUCCCCACCAUUACUACCAGCAACAGCACCCUGAUACCACCAUGGAUCAGCGGCUCCAGCAGAUCCGCGACCAGGCCCAUUACCAUGUCUACGCCCCGCAACCCGUUGCAGCAAGAGGGUCUCCACUUAAGAACCAGUCUAGUGACGAGGGUCUUGCUUUCCCUUCGCGUCAAGUACCUACUUCAGAGCAGCGUCCAGUUACUCCCAGCACAGGCACUCCCUCGCCUCAACGAAACCUACAAAUCGACACUAGCAAGGCUGUCAAGCGUAAGCCUCUCCCGCAAAGACAGCUCUUUGGUGGGCCACCCUUGUCACCCGAUGGAGGAGAGCCUAGCUUUGAUGACCUGCGCCAUACCCUGGAUGAAGAUGCCUUGAACCGAAUCGCCCCUCAUCUUCCAUCUCCAAUGUCCCCGACCCCCAAUGAGGAGGAGAGCGUGUAUGAUGAUGCGUCUACGGUCUCUCCUGACUAUGCGAGCACCCAUGAGUCUGUCUACAGUAAAAAGUCUGCCAAGCGCAUGGGUGUUAAGAAGACUGUUGGUGAGCCAGCCAAGCAGGAUCUUGUCAUCGGCGAUGCUCGCUACGCGACCGACAAGCCAGCAGAGCCCAACCCAGAUAUUCCCACCGUUGACUUCGGUCCAACACUGACCUAUAUGCCCACCACCGGACGUCCGACCACUGGCGACACUUUGAAAAAGGCUUCGCAUCAACGGAACGAGUCUGACUUCAAACUAUAUGUUCCAACGAGCCCCAUGGAGCGCGGUCACGUUCGCUCUCCAAGCCAGGAAGAACGUCGACGUAGUGUUCUCUGGCAGCCCGGCAUGGCCAGCGGUCGUCCCACGACCCCCGGAGGCGGUCUUACCCCAGAGCAGUUCGUGCAGCAGCGAGCCGCACCUAGUCCUCCGGUGCACAUGCACCAGCGUGUCCCGUCAAACAACAGCCCACCUCCAGCACGUCCGGUAUCGGGAGAUUGGACUCGACCUCACUCCCGCAUGACUUCCUAUCCGGAUGCCAAUUACCGCCCCUCCUCUCGUGGUGCCAACACGAUGAUCACCGGCUACAAUGAUGUGGGGAACCACCUUUCUGCUCGUGAGCAAGAGCAUGUCGCCCGCAUGACUGGCUCGUCGUUCUUCGAUAUGUCGACCAACACCAACAAGCCUCAGCCUCAAGUGAAUCCCAUGGGUCUCGUGUCAACGAUUGAUGCCCGUGAGCGUGAGAGGCGUGAAAUGAAAGAGGGAAUGUCGAACCAGAUGGUACAGCAUGCUAUUGCACAGCGCCAGCAGCAUCAGCAAUACCAGCAACAACAACAGCAGCAGCAACAGCACCACCAGAUGAUGCAGCACCCACAGCAAUAUGCAUCCCAGUAUGCCCCCUCGGUGUACCCACCCCCGACUCGGGAUGGGAUGUACAAUCUCCCCGGCGCCAGCCAAACCUGGGACGCCCUCCACCAGAUGAACCGUUCAGAUGAACCCCGCCGGCGGUCUUGGUAUGGCCAGCUCGCCCAGGCUUCCUCGCAAGUACCGCCAAGUUACCAGCAGAGCCAGCACUUUACUCAGCAAGGUGGCUACCCUGCCAACUACAAUACCACGCAUUCAUAA